CUUCAUUCUACUUUCCAGGUCUUUCUCAUCAUGAAAGUGAAGAGGCAGAAAGGUGUGCAAAGGCAUCUCAAGUUUUACUCUAAUAAUUUUGGAUUCCAUGCACCUUAUCAAGUGUUGGUAGAUGGAACAUUUUGUCACCAGGCCCUCAAGCAAAAAGUUAACAUUGUGGAACAAUUACAGAACUAUCUUGGACAUGGUUUGAAGAUUCUCACGACUCCAUGCAUAGUGUCAGAGACAGAGCGCUUUGGGUCUCUGCUAUUUGGAACAGCUCUCAUAGCAAAGCAGUUCCCUGUGCAUAAUUGUGGUCACAAAAAAUGUGUUGAUGGUGCUACAUGCCUAAAGGAAAUGCUUCAAGAUGGGAAUCCAAGCCACUACAUUUUAGCUACUCAGGAUCCUGUUCUUCAGGAACAUGCAAGGAAUCAUGCCAGAAUACCUCUCCUUUUCCUUCAUCGUAAUGCACCGACACUGGAAGCUCCCAGUAUGGCUGAUGUUCAGCUUUCUCAGGAAUUGUCAUCAGCUAAGUUACAUCCAUCAAUGUCACAACUUUCCACCCUCAGGACGCUCAAGAGAGAGAAGCUGGGGCUUGUACAGGAGAGGAGGAAGAAACCCAGAAAGAGGGGUGGCCCAAAUCCACUUUCUUGCAAGUUGAGCAAGAAGUCUAACAUUGAUCUCAAUGAGAAGAGACAAGUGUCAGUCAGGAAGAAGCAAAGGAAACGCAUCAAGAUACCAAAACAUAGAGUGUUUUUCGGCAUUGAGGUGGCUGAAGAAGUGGAUGCAGGCAACGAUGACAACAACGCCUGA